CCUGCAGCGCCAAGCCGGCUCCCCAACCUGGUCUGCUGAACGCAAACCGCUGAGAGUUUGCUGCACCGCCCCCUGGGGCCCCGGGCUGCCGAGUUCCGCUAAGGCAAAGACGCAGCAAGCGAGGGAGCGCAGCGGAAGAAAAACAAGCGGGCACGCGAGGGGAGCCCCAGGAGGGCGACCGGGUGGCUGGCAGGCAGCUCCCGCCCCGCCCGGGUGGCCUCGCCGGAGGCUGACGGCCCGGAGGACUCGCGCUCCGAAAAGUUAGACUCUGGGAGGCGGCGCGCCACGCCGCGUCUCCUCGCGUCCCUUCCUCUCUGUGCUCUGGGAAAGGAACUUGGUCCUCCGGCCCCUGGAGAGGGGAGUGUGCCGCGGGCCGAGGGUGGGGAGCAGCCAGCGGGAGACGCGUACGAGGCCGCUGGCGGAGGGCGCAGGGCGAGCGCAGAGGCGACGGCCCCCAUGCCGGCGGCCAACAUGAUGGAGAACCGGCCGCUGCCCGCCCUGCAGGUGCCCGAGCCGCAGGGCGCGGCUGAGGGCAGCCCGGUCUGGUCCAGUUCGUCGACCCCCACGCUUCGCCGCCGGCGCUUCAAGAUGCGCCGCAUGAAGAACGUACAGGAGCAGAGCCUGGAGGCGGGGCUGGCCCGGGACCUACCCGGCGUCUUGACCCCCGGCAAAGAGUUCCUGCAGCUGCCGUCCAUCGAGAUCACGCCCUCCAGCGACGAAGACACCCCGUGGUCCAACUGCUCCACACCCAGCGCGUCCCCGCGCCGAAAACGCUUCCUCCUCCGCAAGUGGCUGAGGGUGAGGGAGCGGAAGGAGUGCAGUGAAAGCAGCUCAAGUUUGCGGAUUUUCCCUGCACAAAGUUGAAAAUGUGAAGAGGAUUAGGAGACCCCUUUCUUCUCCUUAAACCCUAGGAAGGAAGAAGUGGAAAAAAUGGUAAAGAUAGCAUGGCUUACUAACUUUCCAAUAUUCACUGGAGUACUCCAAGACCAAUCGUGUUCAUCUUUGUAUCUUCAUAGCACUGUACCUGACCUCUUACAGUGAUCUAUAGAUCUAUAGAUGUUUGUUGAUGAAUUAAUAAUGAGUAAAUAAAUGAUUCCUUUUUCUCUGUUGUUUAAA